UAGACGCAGAACAUUUAUGGGCAGCGGUCCCGUUACUUCUGCAUGCGCAACGGAUUGUGCACGGGACCCGUAUUAUGUAAGUCUAUGGGUGGACCUUCGUGUGGAGUGGGGGACGUUUAAAUUGUCAAUAUUCACCCGGAAUGUCUGAAGGGACAGUUAUGGCACAAUCCCUGUACUUUACCUUUGUUUUGUCGUGUUUGAUAUGUGGAUCAUAUGGUCUCGUUUCAUCUGGCACAACUACGGUGAGGUCUGUGGAUUAUAAUGCAACUACUGUUACUCCGAUUGAGAGACGAGAUUCUACAACUAAACCAAGUACUACCCAGAGCAAUAAAAGCACCAACGCACCAGCGGUAAGGUUGACAUCCACAACGACUUCAAAGGUACUGACAACUACUACUAGACCACCGAAAACGACCACCACUGCUAACUAUAGUUUCAACACAGAAGACCUAAAUGAGGGUAUCGACAAGAAAGUGGAAAAAAGAGUAUGGAACAAAGAACCUGAGGAUGAACCACUCGAAUUUGCCAAGUGGUCCACCAGGAGUGUAAAGGCAGUAAAGAAGCCUAAAAAGAUAUGGAAGAAAGUCAAGAAACCCAAAGUCCUACCUAAGAAGCGCAAGCCCAAGGUUGUAAAAAAAAGCAAACCCAAAAUCAUUGGGCGCCCUUCGCUGCCAGAGUGCCCUCCGCUGGGGCUGGAGUCUCUGAGGGUGAAGGACCCACAGCUGCGGGCCUCGUCCUACAAGCGCCGGGGACUUGGACCUCACCGCGGUCGACUCAACAUCCAGUCGGGUAUCGAGGACGGGGACAUCUAUGACGGGGCGUGGUGCGCCCAGUAUGAGGAUAAGAAACAGUGGCUGGAGGUGGAUGCCCGGCGACCCACGCGUUUCACCGGGGUCAUCCUGCAGGGACGCAGCUCAAUCUGGAGUUGGGACUUCAUACUCACCUACAAGGUCCAGUUCAGUAAUGACACCCUGGUCUGGCAGCCAGCUAUGAAUGGGACUAAAGAGGCAGUAUUUGAGGGGAACCAGGAUACUGAAACUCCAGUGUUGGCCCUAUUUAACGAGUCGGCAACAGUGGCACGCUACAUCCGUAUAAAUCCACAGAGCUGGUACGAGAACGGAACUAUCUGUCUGAGAGCUGAGGUUCUGGGCUGUACCCUACCAGAUCCUAACAACAUCUACGCUUGGCAGCAGACAGAGCAAGGCACCAAAGACAAGCUGGACUUCAGACACCACAACUACAAGGAGAUGAGGAAACUCAUGAAAUCAGUGACCGAGGCCUGCCCUGACAUCACACAUAUCUACAGCAUCGGGAAGAGUCACAUGGGUCUCAAGAUGUACGUCAUGGAGAUCUCCGACCACCCUGGAAAACAUGAGUUGGGCGAGCCAGAGUUCCGCUAUGUGGCUGGCAUGCAUGGGAAUGAAGCCCUGGGCCGGGAGCUGCUGCUCAACCUGAUGCAGUAUAUCUGUCAGGAGUACAAACUGGGAAACCAGCGCAUUGUCCGGCUGGUCAAGGAGACACGCAUCCACUUGCUGCCAUCCAUGAACCCCGAUGGUUAUGAAAUGGCCUUCAAGAAGGGUUCCGAGUUGGCGGGGUGGGCGCUCGGUCGCUAUAGCUACCAGGGCAUCGACAUGAACCACAACUUUGCUGACCUGAACAAAGUCAUGUGGGAUGCUAUUGAAUUUGACUUCCAAAAUAACGAUAAGUCCAAACUCAUCAACCACUACAUCCCCAUACCAGAGUACUAUACCUCAGAGGACGCCUUUGUGGCCUUAGAGACGCGUGCUGUCAUUAACUGGAUGCAGAACAUCCCGUUCGUAUUAAGUGCCAACCUCCACGGGGGUGAACUGGUGGUCACCUACCCCUUCGACAGGACUGAAGACUGGGCACCUCACGAUGACACCCCUACACCGGACAAUAGUUUCUUCCGCUGGCUGGCCACGGUCUAUGCCAGCACCAACCAGGUCAUGUCAAAUCCAGACCGCCGGCCUUGUCACAAUGAAAACUUCCAACGCUACAACAACAUCAUCAACGGAGCCAACUGGCACACGGUCCAAGGAAGCAUGAAUGAUUUCAGCUAUCUACACACCAACUGCUUCGAUGUGACAGUGGAGUUGUCCUGUGAUAAGUUCCCCCAUGCCAGUGAGCUGCCCAUCGAGUGGGAGAACAACAAAGAGUCUUUACUGAUCUACAUGGAGCAGGUCCACAGAGGACUCAAGGGUGUGAUCAGAGACAAAGACACAGAGGCUGGCAUUGCAGAUGCCAUAAUCAAAGUGGAUGACAUCGACCACCAUAUUAGAUCAGUUGCUGACGGGGACUACUGGCGCCUGCUAAACCCGGGCGAGUACGAGGUCACGGUGAGUGCCGAGGGCUACAACCCAUCCACACGUAUGUGCCGUGUGAUGUACGAGCAUUACCCCACCAUAUGUGACUUCCGCCUCACCAAGACCCCCAAACAGAGGCUGAAGGAGAUCCUGGCCAAGGGGGGCAAGCUCCCCAAAGACCUGCAGCUGAGGCUACGACAGCUGCGUCUGAGAAAACUGAGGGCCAGCACCAAGGCCAUCAACAGUAGGCGUGCGGCUGCUAGCAGGAAGGCACGGGGGUCAUGAUGUCUUUGGUGAACCAAUCACAACACACUUUGUCUGGAGGGUUGUUGUAUUUAAUUGGCUCGUGAGGGAAGUUCCUGGUUUAACUCAGCUUUGAAGUCUGUACACCAUGUGGGCAGUUCUGUAAGGCUAGCCUACUGAGAUACAACAACAAAAAUGUAAAUGUGAAAUGCAUUGUACUUCCAGUAUGGUUUAGUGAUAUAUUUUUGAAGAAAGGGCCAGAUUGUAUUUAGAUAUUUUAAUCAAAUUAGAGCAAAUAAUUGCAAGGUGAUUUUGGAUUAAAAUACCCUUUCAAAUGUGUGUAACAGGAAAAAAUAUAAUUUUCUCUUGAAGAACCUAGUUUAGUUACAACAACAAACCAAGUGGAAUGAUGCUGUUCAAAAUCCACCGUUGGGUAGAUAUACCACUAUUCAAGUAAAAUUCAUGCCACAAAUUACAGACCAAACUCAAACUGAGACUAAAAUGACUCAUGCAUCAUGUCAUAGAGACGAGAGCUCUGCUGUUACAGUCUGGAACUGAUGAGAGUUCUACAUGAGAUAUUUUAAAUCUAUUCAAAUGAAAUGAUAUGAUUUCUAAUGUUUGUCUUUCUUUGGUUCAUUUUUGUACUACCAAAAUGAAAUGCUGGCAUUUGGAUGUCCUUGCAAGCCAAGAGACAAUGUUAUGAAUGGAUCCCAAAUAAAGCUUUACUUAUAAACACCAAUAGUUCCAAGUCAA